AUGUCUACUACAACUCAAUGCAUAAAUGGUACUAAUACCAGCAGCAGCCAUGAAAUUUCUGUUCAUCUUUGUGAAGGCAACGUGGGUCGCCGCGGUUUAAGCCAUGUCCUUCUUUAUCAAUAUCAAGGCUUUUGGCGAACUGCUAAAGGAAUAGAAAAUGUAAAGGAUUUUCAACAGAAUUUCAAAGCUUCGCAUACUGAUCUUAUAAUAACCACACUACCCAAAUCAGGCACCACUUGGUUGAAAGCACUAGCCUUUGCCAUUAUCAACCGAUCCAAUUACCCUUCUUCUUCUUCUUCUUCUUCAAAGAAUUACGACCAGCAUCCAUUACUUACAAUUUCACCCCAUGAUCUUGUUCCUUUCGUUGACUUUAAACAACUAAAUCCAGAUAAUAGUCUUCUUGAUUUCACUAAGAAUAGUACUACGCAUGAUUCUCCUUGCAGACUUAUAGCUACACAUAUCCCUUACCCUUCUUUACCUGAAUCCAUUAAGACCACUGCAACAAAGUGCAAGAUUGUUUAUUUAUGUAGAAACCCUCUAGACAACUUCAUCUCUAUGUGGUUGUUUAUGAACAAAGUGAGGGAAAUGCCGAUGCUCAAUAACAAUAAUGCUUCUUUGUCCAUGGAAGAAGCUUUUGAUUUUUUUUGCGACGGGGUACAAGAAUUCGGUCCGUAUUGGGAUCAUGUACUUGGUUAUUGGAGAGAGAGUUUAAAGAACCCUCAUAAACUGUUGUUUGUAAAGUAUGAAGAUUUGAAGAAAGAGCCAAAAGCUCAAAUAACGAGAAUCGCCGAAUUCAUUGGCUAUGGAUUUUCAUUAGAAGAAGAGAACCAAGGAGUGAUUGAAGAAAUAUCCAGUUUGUGUAGUUUUGAAAACUUGAAGAAUUUGGACGUGAAUAAGAAUGGAACCUGGAGAGGUACAGUCGAGAACAAAGUGUUUUUUAGGAAAGGUGAGGUUGGUGAUUGGAAGAAUUACUUGACACCCAUCAUGAUCAAACGACUUGAUAGUCUCAUGGAGGAGAAAUUACAUGGAUCAGGGUUAGUGUUUGAAGACUAUCUUCCUUGAAUUCAUUGAUAUCAUCCAUGGUGGAGUACUACACAGAUCAAUGGAGUACUUCUAUUGGAAUAUUGAUCAUGCGAUAUGCAAUAUUGGGAUUGUUUUUUUUACUUUUUAUUUUUGAAGUACUCCAUUUGAAGUAAUG